AUGGAGCUCAAUGAGGAGUUUUCGGCCAUUCUCCAAAACAAGCUACCCACCAAGCUUGAAGAUUCAGGGAGUUUUACUAUUAUUUUUUUUAAUGGUAGCUUAAAUGUAGAAAAAGUUUUGACUGAUUUGGGUACUAAUAUGAAUCUAAUACCCUAUAAAAUGUUUAAAGAACAAGGUCUUAGGGAGCCAAAACCCACUAGGAUUAGUAUUCAAAUAGCUGACAGGUCAAUUAAGUAUCUUAGGGGUAUUAUUGAGGAUGUACUUUUUAAAGUCGAUAAAGUCAUAUUCACUGUUGAUUUCAUUAUAUUGGACAUGGAUGAGGAUAUUGAGGUACCUAUGAUCUUAGGUCGACCCUUUUUAGCCACUGCUAGAACUAUUAUUGAUGUGGGUAGUGGUGAACUUGUGCUGAGGGUAGGUGAUGAAGAGGUUACUCUUCAAGCACGUGAUGUAAGAUUUUCUAGUGAGUGGGAUAAUAAUCAUUAUUCUGUUGAUGUUAGUAAUCAUACAGCUCAACAUGCUUUGCAAGAAAUCACUCUUGAAGACGUGUUAGAAUUAUAUCUUGUUCAAGGUGAUAGAAAUCAAGGGACAAGUGAAGAGAGAACGGUCCAACUUGAUGAAUUAGAUGAGUGA